AUGUCGACAAGUCCUAAAGCUGAAGAUAAGACUGUUGAGAAACAGGAAUUGAAGGACGAAAAGUCCACCGAAACCAAGGCAACCACACAAGACAAGACUACUACCACUACCCAUGAACAGGAACAAGAUACUGAACCCAAGGCUGUGGAUCCUGAUGAGCUUAUUGAUAUGAGCACAUUUGAACAAUUGCUGGAUAUGGAUGACGAGGAAGAUCACGAGUUCUCUUACAGCAUUGUCCUCAACUAUUUUGAACAAGCUGAAGCAACAUUCAAAGAUAUGGAUGCAGCAUUAGAAAAGGAUGAUCUUUCAGAGCUUUCUCGCCUUGGACAUUUUCUCAAAGGAAGUUCGGCUGCUAUUGGUUUAAAGAAGGUCAAGGCCACAUGUGAAAAGAUUCAGAAUAUUGGUAAUCGACAGGAUGAGGUUGGUGCGUCUCUGGAAGAAGCCGAUGCCCUUGACCGGAUCAAGAAGCUCUUACCACAAGUCAAGGAUGAAUACAAGGAGGCAGAGGAAUAUCUCAAGAGUUUUUAUGAUGUCCAAGAUGCUCGAUAA